UGUAGCAGGCAGUCGUUGUCAGCGUGCAAGCGUGUACACAAAACAUAAAUAGCAUAGAAUUUGUAAUUGUAAUUUAAUGUACAUUUCCCAAAACACAACGAAACAGUAAAACCAAUAAUCAAAAAAGUGAUGCAAAUUAUUUAAAUAGUAUAUGGAUAAUCAAUCCUAAAUCACAGUUGUAAGCAUCAGCGACACAGGCACAGAAGAGGAGGCCGCAAAUAAUAAUAUUUGCCACGACAAUAUGAAUAAUCGAGUACGCAUCGUCAUUGUAGGAGAUUCAGGUGUGGGCAAAACAUGUUUGACACAUUUAAUAGCACACAACGAGUCCUUGAUACGCCCCGGGUGGACUGUAGGCUGCAACAUUCAGGUGAAGAUUCAUGAGUUCAAGGAGGCCACCGUUCGUCAGUGCCCAUAUUUUAUUGAACUCUUCGACAUUGGUGGUUCACUAAGCCAUAAGAAUACACGCAGUGCCUUCUACACGGGUAUACACGGCGUCAUCCUGGUGCACGAUCUGACCAACGGCAAAUCACAGGAGCAGCUGCUCGACUGGCUCUACGAGAUUGUCAACAAAGAGGGCAAGGAUACGUACAAAAGUCGCAGCAGCAGUUCAAUGCCGCCAUCGCCAACCGCAUCGACAUUGCCCAGCUUUGUGGGCGGCAUCAGCGAAGCGCACAUGCGCUUCGAUCUGGAGGAGUUUCUGGGCUCUACGCAAAUCCCCAUUCUGGUGAUGGGCACCAAACUUGAUCUGAUCGACGAAAAGCGUCAUCCCAAAACGACGGUGAAGAAAGCUGGUGGCAUAGCUGACAAAUGCGGCGCCGAGGAGAUCUGGUUGAAUUGUCGAGACACGCGAAGUCUCGCCGCUGGCACAACAGAUGCUGUGAAGCUGUCGCGAUUCUUUGACUGUGUUAUCGAGAAGCGUGAAAGUUCAGCAGCCGGCGCUCACCACAUGGCGGCAGCAGCCGCCAAUGCCACCAUUGAGAGACGGCGACCCCCAAACAGCAGCAGCAGCAACAAUUCGCAACCCACUUUGAGUCCCGAGUAUGCGAACUAUACGCGACUUGGCAGAGCAGCAGGAGGAGCAGCAGCAGCAACGGACAGCGGUGUGCCUCUGCUGGAAACGAGUGAUCUUAAGUGAUAAAUAAAAAGUUGA